AUGAAAUCAAGAUUUGAGUUUUAGGGUUCUUUAAGAGAGAAAACUGCAUCUUUUUCUUCCGUCGUUUCCACAUCGGAACAACGUUUCAGGCUGUAUCCACUGAAGAUCCAUUCCAGAGCAAUAACCGAUGGAAAGGCGAAGCGAAAACAAAAAUCAAUCCAAAAGUUCGUAUCUUUCCUCAAAGAAAGGAAUUCAAGAAUCCAGAGAGGAGCCUUGUGAGGUAUGUGGAAGUGUGGGCAUUGCUGGUUUGAUGAUGAUUUGUUUCAAGUGCAGACAUACUCGCGAGCAUACUUAUUGCGCUAAGGCGUUUUUACCAUCUGUCCCUGACAUUUGGCUAUGUGAAGCGUGCUGGUUCCCAUCUCGCGUAUUCUUCAUAUCUAAUGUUGCUGAGGAUCUAAUGGAUUUAGAAACCACUGUUGCUGAUCCAAAGAACACUAACAAUUCCAGAGUAGAUGAUCAUGGAGCUGCUAAGUUAAGAACUAAUGAUAUGGAAGAUGUUGUAGUAGCAACAAGAGACUCUAGUUGUGAAAUCUCUGCAAAUGUCAACUCAGUGAUGCAUCUACCUUCACAGCCACUAGUUAAAGAAACUUUGUCAUCUCAUAACAAGGAGCAGCAGCAUCAACCAACUCAGGCCUUUCCUAAAAAACGCAGGACGAUUCGGGUGAUGGGCAAACACCUUUCACAGUCACAUGAUCAGACUCUGAUCUCUCCUCUAGAUCAGUCUUUAACAGGAGUGCCUCACCAAAGUGAAAACCAAGAACACGUCAGCUGAUGAGUACAGAAGCAACGAUUAGUACAUAGGCCAAAUCUUGUGUAUAUAUAUGAUGGUGAUACAGUUGUUUUAUUUUCCUUGGAUAACAAGUUACUCACAAAAGUGAGAUUGCACUUCUUUGAUUAUCAUUUUGAGACACACUGAACGUAUAUUCUUCUUCUUGAUUUACUUAUCUUUCCUU